AUGGCUGUGGAGCAUUUGCACGGCGGGCCGACAGACCUCAAACAGAAGACCUUGGUUUUCCCAGAAGCGUCCAACACGGCUCAUGUGGUUUUGAGGCCUGCGCGCCAGCAACCUUUGACCAGCUUCACUGUCUGCCUGAGAUCCUACACAGACCUGAGCCGUGCCCACAGCCUUUUCUCGUACGCCACCAGGACGGUCGACAACGAGUUGCUGGUCUUCAAACCCAAACCCAACCAAUACAGUUUGUAUGUGGGGGGGUCAGUUGUGACCUUCAGCGUUGCAGACAAUCCGGUCCCCAAACCGCUGUGGGAGCACAUUUGUGUGAGCUGGGAGUCCGUCACAGGAAUAGCAGAGCUUUGGCUGAACGGGGUUAGCUUGCCCCGCAAGGGAAUGAAGAGAGGUUACACCAUCGGUCCGGAAGCUUCUAUCGUCCUUGGGCAGGAGCAGGAUUCCUUUGGAGGAGGCUUCGACACCAACCAGUCCUUCAUAGGGGAGCUCAUGGAUGUGUCUAUGUGGGAUCGGGUGCUUUCCUCAGAUGAGCUGGUCGUCAUUCAGAACAGCGGCCGCCUUUCCAACUAUUUGAUUGACUGGCAGUCCCUAAAUUACGAAAUCAAAGGCUAUGUGGUGGUGAAGCCCUCCUGGGGGUGAAGCCCUCCUUUGUAAGCCCCCCUGUAGGCUUCGCAAAACAAAGCAGAGAGCUGGAAACAAAUCGAUAGUCUUCCCCAUAAUUAAUGUUUCUGUUAGUAGUAAGGCAGCAUUCCUACAAACGAUUUCCUGGACGUAAACUCCUUGGAGUAGCAUGGGACUUCCUUCUGAAAAAGACCUGCAGAGACUUGUUCUCGUAGUCCUCAAUCUGUUUGUGCAAACGCAUUCAUGAAGCUUGUAGAUCUGUAUUCUCCAAUGAAAGAUUUCAACCCCCCCCCCCCAAGUAUUUUGCAUUCCCUGACACC